UAGAAAGUUGGAAGAGUCGACGUGUAGAAUUGUGGUGGCAGUGUGUUUGCAGUCCACAUACACCAUGCUCUUAUUCUUAUCUAAUCUUCUUCGCCGCUUCUCGUCCCUUCUUUCUUUCUUCUCUUUUUCUUUUUUCAUAUUAUUAUUCCACUGCACCUCCAAUUUGAAAGGUGGAAUUGCUUCAUUCUAAUAUAGAUAUAGAAUGUAUAUGGCAACAUUGGGUGCAAAUUCAAAUAUUAUAAUUAAAAAUGAUAUAAGAUUUCGCCGAACAACAACAACAAGGUUGGCAGUGUUCAAAGUAUUGCCUACACGAUUGCAUUUCUUAAGACAUGAUCGUAAUUCUCGUGGUUUGGUGGUAUGCCAAUGUCAACACCACCACCACAAAGGGAAACCAGAUUCUUCUUCAAACAUAUCACGGAUAUUAGAAAAUGGGGUGAAUAGGAUGCUUGUUGUUCUUGAAGAUUGGAGAAAUUCACGCAUAAUCCAAUUAGUUGCCAUACUGGUUUCUAUUUUAAUGAUUGUUCCAUCAGCUGAUGCUGUUGAUGCACUCAAAACUUGUGCUUGUUUGCUCAAGGAAUGCAGGUGUCCCUGCCUAUGCCGCCAUUGAGCUACUCCUCCGAUACAGAUAUAAGUGUUUGUUUGGUUCCACUUGUAGAAUUAUGGAGGGUAGAAUUGGCUAAGUGUCUUGCAAACCCAUCAUGUGCUGCCAACAUUGCUUGUCUCCAAACUUGCAACAAUAGACCGGAUGAGACUGAAUGCCAAAUUAAAUGUGGGGACGUAUUUGAAAACAAAGUGGUUGAUGAAUUCAAUGAGUGCGCUGUAUCGAGGAAGAAAUGUGUACCUAAGAAAUCUGAUGUGGGAGAAUUUCCUGUUCCAAACCCGGAUGUCCUUGUGAAGAGCUUUAAUAUUGCAGAUUUUAGUGGCAAGUGGUUCAUCACUAGUGGCUUAAAUCCUACAUUUGAUGCCUUUGACUGCCAAUUACAUGAAUUUCACACAGAAUCAAAUAAACUUGUUGGUAAUAUAACAUGGAGGAUACCAACUCCAGAUGGUGGAUUUCUUACAAGGUCAGCGGUGCAGAGAUUUGUUCAAGAUCCUUCAAAUCCAGGAAUCCUCUAUAAUCAUGAUAAUGAGUACCUUAACUAUCAAGAUGACUGGUAUGUCGUGUCAUCUCAAAUUGAGAAUAAACCAGAUGACUAUAUAUUUAUAUACUACCGAGGUAGAAACGAUGCAUGGGAUGGCUAUGGUGGUGCCGUUGUGUACACAAGGAGUGCAGUUUUACCUGAAUCUAUUAUUCCUGAACUUGAUAGAGCGGCAAAGAGUGUAGGAAGAGACUUUAGCAAGUUCAUCAGAACAGAUAACACAUGUGGACCAGAGCCUUCCAUUGUGGAAAGGCUGGAGAAAAAGGUUGAGGAAGGAGAGAAAACCAUUGUGAGGGAAGUUGAAGAGUUAGAAGAGGAGGUGGAGAAGGAUUUGGAGAAGGUUGGCAAAACAGAAAUGACCUUGUUACAAAGGCUGGCAGAAGGGUUUAAAGUGUUUCAAGAAGAUGAGGAAAAUUUCUUAAGAGGGUUAUCUAAAGAAGAAAUGGAGAUACUGGACAGUCUCAAAUUGGAAGCUGAGGAAGUAGAAGAGCUCUUUGGACGUGCCUUGCCACUAAGGAAACUAAGAUAACUUAUAAAUAUGAGAAAAAAUGUUGUAACAUAUUUUUUGAUAUACGUGUUUAAUAUUGAAUGAAUUCUCAUGUUGGUUCUCUGCUGAAUAAUAUCAACUCAUUCUUUAUAAAUGCUGUCCUCGUAUAUGUCAUAGAAGAAGUUGGGGUUCUCAUAAGAAUUCAUGUUAUCUUAUGCUUAAAAGAAGGUAUCAAAGAAUGUGGCGCUGUGAUUUUUCUGUUUGGA